GAUAGCGAUUGGGCCGCUGUAUUUGGCGCUCGGUCCGGGAGGGUGAAUCCGGCAGCCGGAGGCAACAGGGGAGGAAGAGCCGGGAGGAGAAGCGGCGCCGAGCGGCGGCGGCACGAGAUCGGAGCGAGGGGACGGGUUAAUCAUGGGUCAAACAGGAAAAAAAUCUGAGAAAGGACCAAUUUGUUGGCGAAAACGUGUAAAAUCAGAAUAUAUGAGACUGAGGCAGCUCAAGAGAUUCCGACGUGCAGAUGAAGUGAAGAGUAUGUUUAAUUCUAAUCGUCAGAAGAUACUGGAAAGAACUGAAAUCUUAAACCAAGAAUGGAAACAGCGUAGGAUACAGCCUGUACACAUCAUGACUUCUGUGAGCUCUUUGCGCGGGACCAGGGAGUGCUCUGUUACCAGUGACAUAGACUUUCCAAAACAAGUAAUCCCCCUGAAGACUCUCAAUGCUGUUGCUUCUGUGCCUAUAAUGUAUUCUUGGUCGCCCCUUCAACAAAAUUUUAUGGUAGAGGAUGAAACUGUUUUACAUAACAUUCCAUAUAUGGGAGAUGAAGUGCUUGACCAGGAUGGUACCUUUAUUGAGGAGCUGAUAAAGAACUAUGAUGGGAAAGUGCAUGGAGAUAGAGGUGAGCCCAAGCACUUGAGUGUAUUUAUCACUACUUCCUACAUAAACAGUUGCUGUCAGUUUUGUUUAUUAAGACCUGAUGCUUGCCUGUUGCAGCAGUAUUUCUAGAAUUCUUUCUCUGUGUAAGU